AUGUCAGCUUCGCAGAAAGCACUUCUCUUGGAAUCCAAGGGCAGUCCCUUCACCCUUGGUACGCGUCCUAUUCCCAAGCCAGGACAAGGUCAACUCCUGGUGAGAAUCAUCGCGGCCGCCCUCAAUCCCGUCGACCGUUACAUGCAAGCCAUGGGUUUCCUAGUCCCGAGUUACCCAAUAGUUUGUGGGUCUGACGCCGCGGGUGUCGUGGAGGAAGUCGGCGCUGACGUUCAGGGUUUCGCGAAGGGUGAGCGAGUGAUAUAUCAAAGCAAUUUCACGAUAGAUAGAGAUGCAUUCCAAGAGUAUGGGCUAACUGAUGCGAUUAUUACAGCCAAAAUUCCCCCGAACCUGACAUUCGAGGAAGCUUCUACGAUCCCUCUUGGCCUCGUCACUGCUGCCAUGGGAUACUACGCAGAGCUCAAAUCUCGCGGCGGAGCGGGGCUCCUUGCACCCUGGGAAGAGGACGGCAGGGGAAAAUAUCAGGAUGAACCGGUCCUGAUAAUAGGUGGUUCCAGUUCCGUGGGACAAUUUGCCAUUCAGCUAGCGAAGAUGUCGGGAUUCAAUCCCAUCAUCACCACCGCGUCGUCCCACAACGAAGAAUACUGCAAAGCAGCUGGCGCGACGCAUGUCAUUGACUAUAACAAGACUCCCUACUCCGUCCUGAAAGACGCAGUGGCCUCCAUCACCACAAAGCCCAUUAAGAUGAUCUACGACUCCAUCUCCAUCCCAGACUCGCAGAUCGCCUCUUGGUCUAUUCUUAGUCCAGGUGGGAAAGUGGUCGUGACACUCACUCCCUCCGACAGCAUCGGAAAGCCGGGAGAAGAAGAUAAAGACGGAAAACGCACCGUAUGGGUAUUCGGGAGUUCAGCCGAGCCGGAGAUGGGAGAUGCGCGUCUCGCAAGGAGUUUGUUUGCAUCGUUGGAAAGGAUGAUGAAGGACGGAGACAUAAAGCCGAAUAAGGUCGACCUAUUGGAGGGUGGCCUGAGCGGUAUUCAGGGAGGGCUGGAGAGAAUGGGAGCUGGGAAGGUCAGUGGGGUGAAGUUGGUGGCAAGGAUCGCAGAUACCCCAUGA